AUGGAUAUCUACAAGCUCAUCACCCUGAACCAGCCCUUUGCUACGUUCCCUCAGGCGCUCUACCGGAUUCUCGAGGAAGGCCACUCGUGGAUAGAGUGGAACCCUGAUGGCACGAAAAUCCGCUACAACGACCCAGAGCGACUGAUGCGCGAGCUGCAGGCCCUAGGGUUCAAGGCGCAGGACUCGGCGUCCCUGAGCAAAAACUUCAACGACUACGGUUUCAAGCGCCUCAGCGAUGCCCGCAAGUCCCGGUACGACCCCUACCGCACCUCGUGGACUGUAUUUGCCCAUGCAAGCUUCAUCCGCCAUGACCGCGAAAAGUGCAAUUCGAUCCAAAGACGCCGUGCCCACCGCCAGCGCUCGCACCACAAAAAAUCCUCGCCAAUGUCGGACGAGCUGAUCUGGUGA